CUGGAAGGGUAGUUUUUCUGCAGCAGUUAGAUGGUAUCUAUCUUUUGACCCUGGAAAAAGGUCUGCUUAGUUUUCUCAGCUGUGGAAGGCCAGAGGUCUGCUUCCUUGGAAACUGAGAGACAGUUUUGUGCACCCAACUGAGCAAUUUGGAUGUUUCCUGGAUUUUUGCAGCCAUGACCAAAACAUCCCAGGCCUUGCAUGAAGGACCUUCUCAUUUCAGAUAAAGGCUGUUCAGUAUUAAAUCAGGACUAAGACAGAAGCAUUUAAAUCAGUAUCCAGAAUCAUAGUAUUCAGAAAAUAAGAAAGCCUGCAAGAUGACUGUGAAUAUCUGGUAAUUCAAAACACCUUGGUAUACUUCAGCAGUAAAGGCACCACUUUGCCUUCUUGGAGGAAACUGAGGACAUAGAAUCUUAGCCAAAUAUUCAACAUGGUAAUUCAAAGGUAUCUCCUAACCUAUAUGGUCGUGGUGCUCGCUUCAUAUCUUCAUAACCUCAUCAGAGCCAUUGAAGUCCCACGGGAUCCAAGUAUUCAAGAUACAUUGCCUCAGCCUCCUACAAUUACAAAGCAGUCUGCAAAGGAUUAUAUUGUAGAUCCAAGAGAUGAUAUAUUAAUUGAGUGUGAAGCGAAAGGCAACCCCACACCCACGUUUUCCUGGACACGAAAUGGAAAGUUUUUUAAUGUUGCAAAGGACCCGCGAGUAACCAUGAAGCAUUGGUCAGGUACACUGAUAGUUGACUUCCGCAGUGGUGGGAGGCCAGAGGAUUAUGAGGGAGAAUAUCAGUGUUUUGCUCGGAAUGACUACGGAACAGCUAUUUCCAACAAAAUAUUCCUCCAUGUUUCAACCAUGGAACCAAUCCAUCAAGACAAGCGUGUCUCUCAAGGGCAGAAUGGUGACUUGUAUUUCUCUAAUGUCAUGCAGCAGGAUGCUCUGACUGACUAUAGCUGCAAUGCUCGCUUUGCUUUCACACAUACCAUCCAGCAGAAAAAUCCUUACACCCUCAAAAUCAUAACCACCCGAGGUAUUGCAGAAAGGCAACCCAGCUUCAUGUACCCUAUUGGGACCUCAAGCAGUCAGAUGGUGCUAAGAGGAGAAGACCUCUUGCUGGAAUGCAUUGCCUCAGGAGUUCCAUCACCAGAUAUCAUGUGGCACAAAAAGGGUGGUGAUCUCCCAUCUGGCAGGAUCAAGUUGGAAAACUUUAACAAGGCUCUUCAUAUUGCAAAUAUUUCUGAGGAAGAUUCUGGGGAAUAUUUCUGCUUAGCUUCCAACAAAGUGGGCAUUAGCCGCCAUAGUAUCUUGGUGAAAGUGAAAGCUUCCCCAUAUUGGUUGGAUGAACCAGAGAACCUUAUUUUGGCUCCUGGUGAAGAUGGAAGACUGCUGUGCCGUGCCAAUGGUAACCCCAAACCUUCAAUCCAGUGGCUUGUGAAUGGAGAACUUCUAGAAAGUUCUGCUCCCAAUCCCAGCCGUGAAGUUAAUGGAGACACUGUUAUGUUUCGGGACAUCCAGAGUGGCAGCAGUGGUGUAUAUCAAUGCAACGCUUCUAAUGAACAUGGGUACCUGUUAGCCAAUGCAUUUGUUAGUGUGUUGGAUAUUGUUCCUCGGAUCCUUGUCCCUCGUAAUCAGCUGAUAAAAGUUAUUCAGAAUAAUCGGACUCUUCUUGACUGUCCAUUCUUUGGAUCCCCAAUUCCAACAUUACGAUGGUUUAAGAACGGCCAGGGAAGUACAUUGCAUGGUGGCAAUUAUAAAGCACAUGAGAAUGGAACUUUAGAAAUCAUUAGAGCUCGGAAAGAAGACCAGGGAACUUACACCUGUGUGGCUACCAAUCUUUUGGGCAAAGCACAGAACCAGGUUCGUUUGGAAAUAAAAGAUCCCACAAGGAUUAUAGAGGGACCCAAAGAUGCUAUACCAAAGAAAGGUUCCACAAUUCACUUAGUGUGCCAGACAAGACAUGAUGCCACAUUACGGCUUACAGUUACCUGGCUUAAAGAUGAUAUUCCCAUCUACUAUGGAAACAGGAUGAAGAAAGAAGAAGAUGGUUUGACUAUACAUGGAGUAUCAGAAAAAGAUCAAGGAUAUUAUACCUGUGUGGCUAGCACUGAACUAGAUAAGGAUACUGCCAGAGCCCAUGUCACUGUACUUGCUCCUUCUUCUGUUAACCGUAUGACCCCACCCCCAGCACGUCCAGAACGUCCCCGCGACCUUGAACUAACAGACCUUGCUGAAAGGAGUGUGCGGUUAACUUGGAUUCCUGGUGAUGACAACAACAGCCCAAUCACGGAUUAUAUUGUGGAAUUUGAGGAGGAUAAAUUCCAACCUGGAACUUGGCAUAACCAUUCCCGCUACCCAGGAAAUGUGAACUCCGCCUUCUUGCGCCUUGCACCAUAUGUCAACUAUCAGUUCCGAGUAAUAGCUGUGAAUGAUGUAGGAAGCAGUUAUCCCAGUCUGCCUUCUGAACGAUACCAUACAAAUGGGGCACGCCCCGAAUUUAACCCUUCAGGAGUUAAAGGAUCAGGAACAGCAAAAAAUAAUAUGGUUAUAUCAUGGAUGCCAUUAAAUGCAACUCAAGUGUAUGGCCCCAAUCUUAAAUACAUUGUGAAGUGGAGAAGAAGGGACACACGGGAGAGUUGGAACAACCGAACUGUAAAGGGUGAUGUCAGUCAGUAUACUGUCGCACCAACACCUAUCUAUACACCAUACGAGAUCAAAGUACAAGCUUUAAAUGAUUAUGGGAUUGCCACGGAGCCAGACAUCGUAAUUGGCUACUCAGGGGAAGAUUAUCCUAAGGCUGCCCCUACUGAUAUUAGGCUCAAAGUUGUAAACAGUACAGCAAUCAGCCUUCAAUGGAGUAAAGUGUACCCAGAAACCAUCCAGGGACAGCUCAAGGAAUAUAGAGCUUAUUACUGGAGAGAAAGUAGUUUGCUGAAGAAUCUAUGGGUCUCUAAGAAAAAGCAGUCAUUGGGUUUUAUUGGAGACCGGAAUCGGGGCAUAGUGUCCCGGCUGUUUCCUUACAGCAACUACAAAUUGGAAAUGGUUGUAGUCAACGGGAGAGGAGACGGGCCUCGGAGUGAAAUUCUGGAAUUCACAACACCUGAAGGAGUGCCCAGUGCCCCAAGGUAUUUCCGAAUUCGUCAGCCAAACUUGGAGGCCGUCACCUUGGAGUGGGAACAUCCUGAACAUCCCAAUGGCAUUCUUAUUGGAUACACCCUUAGAUACCAAGCCUUUAACGGAUCCAAAACUGGCAGAACAAUGGUAGAGGUCUUCUCUCCUAAUCACACAAAGUUUUUACUUCAGAGGACGGAUCCUAUCUCACGCUACAGGUUCAAUCUACGUGGCAGGACCCAGAUUGGAGAAGGUGAGCCUGCCACAGGGGACUCUCCAAUUCCACUGAAUGAAGUUCUUCCAACCUCAGAUGUUCCAACUGUGGCUGCAACCACCAUUUCAGAAACUACUGUCCCAACCACCAUUACCGAAGUUGUAACCACCACCACAGAAGUUAUAACCACUACCACCACAGAAGCUGUAACCACCACCACAGAAGCUGCAACCACUACAGAGCCAGCAAUCAUCACCACACUUGUUGCUAGUACAAUAGCUGAUGUUGGAAAGCUGCCGCCCAUCUGGAAUGUAAAAAUUUCAUCUAACAAUAACUGGGCAAAUAUCACCUGGAACCACGCAUUUGAUGCUGACACUGAAUUUGUGGUUGAGUAUAGCAACAGUAACAAAUCAGUGAAAUCUUCCCCUGCUAAAGGUUUUCUGGAGCUGAGUGAUCUGAUUCCUGGUGAGAAGUAUAUAGUACGGGUUUUUCUCAAAGGCAAUGAGUCUGUCUUCUCAAGUGAAACCUUUCACACAAGUCCAGCCUAUACUAAGAAUCAAGGGGACAUUGCAACUCAGGGCUGGUUUAUUGGAUUGAUGUGUGCCAUCGCUCUCCUGGUCCUGAUUUUGCUGAUAGUUUGCUUUAUUAAGAGGAGCAGAGGAGGAAAAUAUCCAGUGCGAGCAAAUAAAGAUGUGCCCCUCGAUCCUGAUGAUCAGAAGGUAGAUAAUGGAUCGUUCGAUUACAGGUCUCUUGAAAGUGAUGAAGACAACAAGCCACUGCAAGGCAGUCAGACCUCCUUAGAUGGCACAAUAAAACAACAAGAAAGUGAUGACAGCUUGGUGGACUAUGGAGAAGGAGGUGAAGGACAGUUCAAUGAAGAUGGUUCCUUUAUUGGCCAGUACACAGUUAAGAAGGACAAAGAUGAGACAGAAGGCAAUGAGAGCUCAGAAGCCACAUCACCAGUAAAUGCUAUCUAUUCCCUGGCAUAACACUAUAUAUUGAAGCAACAGCAGCUAAAUAAAGAAAUAAGUUGGUAUGGGUCAGCAGAGUCACCAUCAACAAGAGAAAGCAAUCAGGGUAGGGCAACAAAGGCCAAACACACAAACCCGACCAGUGCCAUCAUCUCUUUAGCAAACAGCAUAGAUGCACUGAAUGCUGAAGUGAUCAUACUGCAGCUGAAAUCUGAGCUAACUCACCAGAGACCAGCUGAAGAGCAGAAUGCAGAGAUUCUGUGCCCCAGGCUUCAGAACUUGGACUGAAAUAAACAUCCCUCUAUACCCCCUUUGUCUGAUUUGUGAGAUAAUGCAAUUUCCUUCAUUAAUAAUGUAUACAACUGACUUGGGGAAGGGGAUCCCUUUUUUUAAGGAUUUGAUGUUGUCCUCAGAAAAAGAAAUGUCUGAACAUGGGGGGGGAAACUCGAGUAGGGAGUGAUGAUUUAAAAAAAGCUGAGCACAUUAUGGCACGCCCCUUGCUAAAACAGCAUGAAACCACAUUGCAGAAUCAGUUAUUGGUUUAAAUGAUGAACUGUUUUAUAAACAGGAACUUUUCUGAACAUUUACUUCUAUUGGAGAUCAUUGUAGACAGGCCCUAGCCUAUGCUUUUCACUAAGCAAGGUAUAUGCUGCUUUUUCCUAUGAGAUAAAAUGGUUCCAUAAUAGGCUUCAGUGUGGAGGCUAUCAAAUGGGAAAGGCAGGAUUGGUUGCAUUGAUUGAAGAUCUCACUUUUAGCUCUGUAUUUCAAUUUCUGCUUCCCAUAGAAACCACAAUAUGAAGUUGUGCUCUACCCAUGCUAUCAAAGAGUUUAGUUGAAAAGUUGUAUCUCUGUCAAAAAAAGAAAAACAAGAAUAGGAAAACAGGAUUGGAUUGCUGUUUUUCAAAAGAGAAUUAUUGGAGGAAAUUUGUUGUUAAUUUUUAUUAAAAACAGCCAUUCCUCACAAUGCGUAUACAUGGUAUUAAUUACCAUCUCCAAAUCCUGCAUGUAACAGGAAAGGGAACAAAGGUAACCAGAGAAGAUCAGCCAGUCUGGGCUUUCCUACUGCUAAUUAAAAGAGGAAAGCAGCCCCCUACUAAAAAAAAAAACAACAACAACCAAAGUAACCUGCAAGUCUAUGAAAAAUUCUGGGAUUUCCUGGAUGUAUAUGUUUGAUGCAAAAGUACAUAUGCACAUAGAAUAAAUCCCAAAUGAAUCCAUCUGUCUCUACUUUGAAUUUGCAAGGUGAAAUAGUCUCUGAUACAUGUUGGGACAUCUUUUUGCUCCUGCCCCUUCUGUCAGCCUAAAGGCACUCUUUCCAUUGCUAAAUAAGCAGCAGCAUGGAACUCACAUUCUAUUAGUUGCACAUCAAAGACACUCAAGUCGAGCUAAUUUCCUAACCUGCAAUAACCCUGUUUUCCCCAGAUGCAGAUUCUAUUGUGACAUUAUUCUUCCAUAUAUGCCUUAAACAGCUUCAUGCGUUCCCUGAAGCUUAAUAAACUAUGAAUAUUUAUCUAUAGAUUAAGCCCUUUGUGUGAUGGUCUGUAAUCUGUCCAUGCAUUUUAAACAAGACUAUUACAGCUUGGCAGAAUAAGAAAGUAUCAUGGAUAGCAGUAGAAGUUAGAGAUUUACAAUAUACUGUGUUUAGCAAAAUCUAGUACGUCUUCUCUUUAUGCCCUACAUUUUUCAAACCAAAGGUAUUUAAAAGAAGCAAUUUGGCUCCUACUAACAGUUGCAUAGCUGUAAAAUAACAUUUAGGAUAAUUUUGAAGAUCUGCCUAGUUAUCAUGCUCAAAUGUAAACACAAAUAUGGGUGUAUGUUUCAGCUGAUUUACUGUAGAAGGAGUUUUGCUAACAAGCAUAAAUCUCAAGAAGCCACCAAUUUAGCAUACUUCAUAAAAUACUGCCAUAUUUUUAAAAAAAUUAAAAUCAACUAAAUGAAAAUUUUAAUGCAGCCAGUCUGUAUCGUCUAAUGAAAAGGCAACAAAAUGAAGUCUUUUUUGGUGCAUUAAGUUAGGCUCUUACCCUUCAAAAAUGGCAUAGAAUAGUGCUAAUUCCAAACACUGAAUUGACUACGCCUCCUUGAAAAGACAGGCUAUAUGAUAUACAGGUAGACCUCAACUUACAACCACAAUUGAGCCCAACAUUUCUGUUGUUAAGUGAG